UGCUUUUGUUCUAGUUUGAUUUUUUUGCUGUUCGCUCGUUCGUUCGUUCGUUCGUUCGUUUCCAAGUCACAUCCUCAAGCAAAACAAACAACCGACUGUGCAAGUGUGUUUCACCUUCAAACGCAACAAAACGUGAUUUGAUUCGAUCCUCUGCCCUGGCUGGAUUCAAGCAAGCGCCCGAUAAUCAUGUCCGAACUGGCCGCUGCUGCUGCUGCUGCUGUUGCUGACGCUGGCACUCUCGGAAACGACACUGUCUGCGAUAUCAACUCGGGCGACACUGCAUGGGUAUCCAUCUCGUUUGUGCUCGUGCUGGGCAUGAUGCCGGCGCUGGCCUUUUUCGAGGCAGGCCUGCUGCGCUCCAAGAACACCUUGUCGAUUAUUACGCAGAUUUUCAGCGGCAUUGCCGUGCUCAGCACCAUGUGGAACGUCUUUGGCUACUCGCUCACUUUCGGCACCGAUCAGGGUGGCGUCAUUGGCACCUUUGACAAUGCGCUCUUCCUGGACGUGUCGUUCUCGCGCUGCUCGCCGCACGCGCCAACCAUUCCCGCGGCUGUGUUUGCCCUCUUCCAGAUGAUGUUUGCCGCCAUCACCCCGCUGCUCAUGACGGGCUCGUUCGCAGAGCGUCUCAAGUUCCGCUCCUUCAUGCUCAUCAUUAUUUUGUGGGAGAUUUUCGUCUACUACCCGGUGGCGCACUGGAUUUGGGGCAACGGCUGGCUCGCCAAGCUCGGCACGCUCGACUUUGCUGGCGGCAUUGUCAUUCACACGACUGCUGGCGCAAGCUGCCUUGUUGGCGCACUCCUUCUCGGUCGUCGCCAGGGGUUUGACCAGUACCACGGCGAGUUCCCACCCUCCAACGUGCCGCUGGCUGCUCUCGGUGCCGGUCUUUUGUGGAUGGGCUGGUUUGGCUUUAACGCAGGCAGCGCGCUCCGCGCCGGUGCCCUCUCGACGUCCGCCAUCGCCUCCACCCAGAUUGGCUCGAGCAUGUGCGGAUGUGUCUGGUUUUUCAUUGCCUGGUGGCGCCAUCGCCCGUCGACCCUGGCCAUCUUGAACGGUGUCAUUGCAGGCCUCGCAGGCAUCACCCCUGCCGCUGGCUACAUUAACUCCCAGGCCAGCCUGGUCCUCGGCCUUGUUCUGGGCGUUGCCUCGUACUUUAGCGUGCACUUCAUCAAGGGCCGCCUGCGCAUUGACGAUGCCUUGGACGUCAGCUCGGUGCACGGUCUGACUGGCAUUAUCGGAGCGCUGGCCACUGGCCUUGCAGCGGACGCGAGCAUUGACGAGGGCAUUCCGAACGGCGUGAUCAACGGUGGCGGCUGGUGGCUGUUUGGCUACCAAGUGACGGGCGUCGUUGUUGCUGGCACCUACGCUGCCGCCGUCACCUUUGUGAUUAUGAAGGCGAUUGACCGCUUCGGAGGCCUUGCCAUCUCUGAAGAGGAGGAGCACCACGGUCUGGACCAUGUCGAGCACGGCGAGCGCGCGUACGAUCACUACUUUGACGAGAACAAUCUGGCCUCGAGCCAAAUCUCCUCCCCGGUGCCCAUGCUCCAUGCGGCUCAAAAUAUUGACGAGGAGGACGAGCAGACUGCCCUCAUCUCCAAGAAGCCCUCUGCCAACCCCAGCCCGCGUCCGCCAUCAUCGCUCUCCCGUGGCACGACUCCUGCGCCCCGCAUCUCCCGCGAUGUUAACACGACUGGCAGUGGCUUUUUCUUUGAGCGUACCAAGCUGAGCAAGAACAUUCAAUAACCGGAUGUUCCUCAGCCGUGCGUGGUUGUUGUCGUAGUUGCUUUUUCUGGUUUCUCUUGUUUUAUUUGGUUGUUUCGUUGUCGGUUUAGUUUUCUACCACCAUAAAGAGUUUUUGCUCGUCAGUUUUGUU